GAACUGUAACAAGGAUUAAACAAAAAAGUGUUAAAUAUCAGAUCUUGAUUAAUGCAAAACGCAUUAAUGUUUGGAAACAGACUAGUUUCAGAAAUGUAAAAAAAAUAUAUUUCAUUACCUGUAUAUGUCCAUCUGCAGCAUUUUAUAUCAAAAUGUUGAUGUCGAAUAAUUCUCAACUGUCAAUCAUUUUAUGACAUAAACAAAUUUACUUUACUGAAUUCUUAUUGUACCAUAUAUUUAAUUCUCUUUUCCAGAUAACAUGGACGGGAAUAGCAUGUGGCCGUGCCCUCAGCAGCAGCCUCCCUGCUGGCCCUGCCCGCCCAGCUGGCCCAGCCAACCCGGUUCCACCUGGCCCAGCCAACCCGGUUGGCCGACACCUAUGCCACAGCCAGCCAUGCAGCCUGGCCCAUUCCCCGGCUGGCCCACACCGCCACCAGUCCAACCCGCCUGGCCUGCUCCUACUCCGCCAGUGCCUGCAGGGCAGCAGGGCCAGCCAGCCCAACCCAGCUGGCCUGCCCCAGCCCCGGCACCGGCCCCUGUACCAGCUCCGGCACCUGCUCCAGCACCAGCCCCAGUCCAGCCUGUCCAGCCCCCUCCAGCUCAACCUCCAGUCCAGCCUCCGGCGCAGCCACCAGCGCCCCACCCGGCACACCCACCAGCUCAGCCUCCAGCCCAGCCCCCUGCCCCAGUGCAACCCCCUGUCCAGCCGCCGGCCCCGGCUCAUCCCCCCCACCCUGGCUGUAGCCCAGCCAACCCCUGUCCACCUGGAUACGUCCCCGCCGGAGGUUGGCAUGGUAACCCCGGGCAGCCUGGCUGGCCCGGACAGCCCGCCCCAGUGCCUGUGCCAGUGUGGCCCGGACCCACACCCAUCGGACCAGUGGGUGUUCCCUACAACCUGAAUUUCCCCAGAGGAGUAUACGACAAGAUGAUGGUCACCAUCACCGGUCAGGUGAAGCCCCUGGCCAAGAUGUUCACGGUGAACUUCCUGCGCGGGAACGACAUCGCGCUGCACAUGAACCCGCGCUUCAACGACGGUGGCAAACAGGUGCUGGUGAGGAACCACCGGCAGGCGGAGCACUGGGGCCAGGAGGAGCGCUCCAUCCAGGGCCCUUUCCCCUUCACCCCUGGCCAGCCCUUUGAGAUGAAGAUCCUGGUGACGUAUAACGAGUUUAAGGUGGGUGUGAACGGCGCGCAGGUAUUCGAGUUCAAGCAUCGCAUCCGAGAGCUCAACCAGAUCGACCGGCUCAACAUCCUACAGGACAUCAACCUCACCUCUGUCCAGCUGCAGAACAUGCCCUGAGCCUUGACCUUUGACCUUUAACCUCUCAACUCCCACCCCCUCCUCCUACCCUGCCCUGCUGAUAAACCAUCUAGCCAUGAGUUGUUGGUGUGUGUCGAGGAGUUGUGUGUGUCAAUUUGUGUUCAUUUGAACAAACAAAGAGUCGGCACCUUAAUAUAGAGUCAUAAAGAGUGAUAGGUCUCGGUUCAAAUGGAUAGUUUUAUUUCACAAGAGACAAGCCUUCCAUGCUUCUACCAUACCAUACCUUGUUUAACACAGUUUUACAGUUCAAUAACAAAUCAUUCAGUGUAACAGUAAAGACUUAGGUGACAUGAGUCAAGAUUUGUUUUAUACAUCACAUGCCAAACCAAGUCGAUUUAUUGCAUUUCCAUACACAUUCUCUACAUCUUUGAUCAGUGUGUGAAUGUCAAUACUUGUUUUAAUAAAAAAUAAUAAUAUGCUUGUUGCUGUGGAUAUGGAACGCUCGUGUGAAACUGUGUGUAUGUUUCAGAUUUAGUUCCACAUAAUGAAAUUGUAUAAGAAGGUUGAAGUGUAAGUGUAAAAUGUCAUUUUAAGUGAUGAGUAUGGGCACGAGAAUGGCAGUUGGAUCAUGCAUAGUAAACAAUGUAAAGCACUGUUAAAACAAUCAGUAACCUUUAAUGAAUUAAAAUAAAGUAGCACUUGGCUUUA